ACCGUUUAUACGUUAACACGAAAGCUACGGCGCGGGCAGCUGCUUUCUACCAAGCUCGCAGGACACCAGCAGGCACACCAUGGCGUCCGCACUGAUUUGCACUCCCAUUAUGUUUGCUUUUUUGUUUGCAUUGUUGUUUGCCGGGGUAUUUUGUGAUGGUGACGCCGAGGACGAGCACGCCAAGCACACGUACACGGUGGACAUGUUCAACGAGGCAGUGCCCACUGCGCCGCACUUUGUCAUGUUUUACGCUCCAUGGUGCGGCCAUUGUAAGAGGUUGCAGCCGGCAUGGAACGAAUUAGCGGACAAAUACAACAGUAUGGACGACCCCCCGGUCUAUGUGGUCAAAGUGGACUGUGUCCAGGACACCAAGUUCUGCUCCAAUGAGCACGGGGUCAGGGGCUAUCCCACGCUAAAGUUCUUUAAGCCAGAUCAGGAGGCUGUGAAGUACCAAGGGCCAAGAACUCAGCAGAGUCUGGAGGACUGGAUGUUAAAGAUGCUGGAGGCAGAGCCUUCUGAUCCAGAGGUAGAACCCGAGCCAGCGACACCUCCAGAGCCCAAGGACGGCCUCUACGAGCUCACCGCCGCAAACUUUAAGGAGCACGUUUCCAAAGGUGCACAUUUCGUCAAGUUCUACGCCCCAUGGUGUGGACACUGCAAAGCUCUGGCUCCAACCUGGGAGCAGUUGGCUGCCACCUUGGAAAACUCUGAAGAAGUCAAAAUAGGAAAGGUUGACUGCACACAGCACUACGAAGUGUGUUCUACCUUCAAAGUGCGUGGAUAUCCCACUCUGCUGUUCUUCAGCGAGGGUGAAAAGACAGAAGUCCAACAGUACAAAGGAAAGAGAGACUUUGACACUCUUAAAAAAUACGUGGAGACCCAACUGCAGGCGGCCAAGGAGGAGGUAGAAGCCAAGGAGGAACUGAAGGAGGAACCGAAGGAAGAGCCCAAGGAAGAAACUAAAGAGGAAGCCAAGGAGGAGUCCAACGUCUUGAUCCUGACAGAAGACAACUUUGAGGAGAGCAUCGCCAAAGGCCUCACCUUCGUGAAAUUCUUCGCUCCAUGGUGCGGCCACUGCUUAAGGCUCGCUCCAGUCUGGGAGGAUCUAUCUACCAAGGACUUUCCCGGUCUCACAGACGUCAAGGUUGCCAAAGUGGACUGCACUGUAGAGCGCACGGUCUGCAACAAGUACUCUGUGCAGGGGUACCCCACCUUGAUCAUCUUCCAUGCAGGGAAACAGGGUAACGAGUACAACGGCAGUCGGGACCUGGAGAGCCUGCACAGCUUCGUGAUGAAGCAGGCAAGAGACGAGCUUUAGGGACGACACCAUUUUGUGGCCUCUUGUCAUACCCUUUUAAGGUCAGGGGUCUCCCGGGUAUGUGAAUGUAUUUUUUUCAUUGUUCCUCUGAAGCGGGGCUCUUUCCAUACCACUUUGAGAUUUGGCUUGUGUAUUCUUCCAUGUGUAUUACGUAACGGAAGCCAUUCUGUGAUGAUGCGGUGCUCAGAAGGUUAAUUAGCGCAGCAGCGGUAAGUCGAGCUGUGCCUCUUAUUCUGACUUCUCAGGGACACACUCAUCUUUGGUGGGUGUCAGGCAUGGACUGUGCUGCACCUAACGAUCUUUUCUUAAAUCCUUACUCUAUCGGUUCACUUGCUUUUGUAUCAGCUGUUUUGUUUUUGUGUGCAACACUUUUUACAAAGGACUUCCCCCAAAAUGUGUCUGGAACCUUGAAAUGCAUUUUGCUGGGUCAGGGAUACCAAAGUAAGGUACUAGCAGCCCUGGUACUUCCUUUCCCAUUUCCCUUUUCCCCAGCUGCAGAGGCCUGUGCAGACAGGCUGGAAUCGUGUGUAUCUCCUAUAACCUUUUUUAUUUAGCUGGGGUCCACAUCCACACAUUUUGCCAUGCGUGAUCAGAAAUAUCAACACAGCCCUGUGUUCUUACGUUUUUUCUUUGACGACGACGCUGGAAGACUCGGACUAGUUUCCCCUCAAAAGGCUUUUUUUUUUUUUGGCCAUUUUUCCUCAAAGUACAUAAACCAAUAUAUUAUAGAUGACGUCGACUUUCCUCGGCUGUAAAGUGAAUACAGCACACACGUGACUGUAAAGACACUUUCGUCCAGCUACAAUUACAACUCCUGGAAACAACUUUGUUGUGGGAUUGUGCUGGUGAAUACCUGCUCCAGUCGUGUUUUUGACACUUUGUAGCCCGACACAUCUUUUAUUCCUAGAUGCAACAUCAAGUUUCCACAAAAAUCACAACACUUUUUCAACCAGACAGAUUUUUUUCCCUCAACCAAAAUUAGGCGCUAUAUUGUGCCUAAACUUGAAUUGUAAUACAUGCAGCUUUCAAAUAAAAAUGUACAGUCAC